CAUUGGUGUUCAACAGGAGUUUCCUUCUUCUUCUUCCUUUUUUUUUUUUUUUUUGCUGGUUCUGGGGCUCAAAUUUUAGCGGGAAACUUGUUCUAAGGACACUUGCUUAAAGACUCCAUUUUGACUUCAACUUGUACCAAAGCUGCCUCCAUUUUCGAUUCAAGAAGCAUGGAAUCUCAGUUCGUAUCUUCAAGAAGGAUGGAUAUCUAUGAUCCUAUCCAACAGAUUGGCAUGUGGGGAGAAAAUUUUGAUGCGGAAAGCAAUCUGCAUGCAUCUGUAUCAAUGUUUGUCGAAAUGGAUAACAAGAUACCGAACACGUCUGAAACUACUUCACAUGAAAUGCUUGCACCUUCUAUCAAGUAUGAUCAAGAAGCCACUAAACCUGUUGAGAAGAUACAAAGACGGCUUGCGCAAAACCGUGAGGCUGCUCGUAAAAGCCGAUUGCGGAAAAAGGCUUAUGUUCAACAGUUAGAAAAUAGUCGUUUAAAGCUGAUUCAAUUGGAGCAAGAGCUUGCACAAACGAAGCAACAGGGUGUUUAUAUGGGUGGUGGGUUAGUAGGUGGUCAUCUUGGAUUCUCUGCACCAUCAAACUCAGGGAUUGUUGAAUUUGAUACAGAAUACGGACAUUGGAUGGACGAACAAAGCAAACAAAUAUGUGCUCUGAGGACUGCUUUGAAUGCCCAUAUAAGUGAUGCAGAUCUUCGAAUGCUUGUGGAAACCGGCAUGAAUCAUUAUUCUAAACUUUUUCGCAUUAAAUCAACUGCUGCAAAGGCUGAUGUUUUCUAUGUCAUGUCUGGCAUGUGGAAAACAUCGGCUGAGCAAUUUUUCUCGUGGAUUGGAGGGUUUCGCCCUUCAGAACUUCUUAAGGUGCUCUUGCCUCAGCUGGAUUCCUUGACAGAACAACAAUUCUUUGAGGUCUGUAACUUGAAACAAUCAUGUCAGCAAGCUGAAGAUGCGCUUUCACUAGGCAUGGAGAAACUGCGGGAAAUCGUGUCGGUGACUGUGGCGGAUGGUCAGCUGGGAGAAGGUAGUUACAGUUCUCAGGUGAAUAGUGCAAUUGAGAAGGUAGAAGCUCUAGUCGGCUUUGUGAACCAGGCAGACCACAUUCGGCAGGAAACGCUGCAGCAGAUGUCUCGAAUCCUAACAAUUCGCCAGACAGCACGAGGCUUACUUGCUUUGGGCGAAUACUUUGAACGUCUUCGAGCUUUGAGCACACUAUGGUCUACUAGCCCUCGUUAACCUGCAUAGCUUCAAACAGUUGAGGAUCCUGCAUACAGGAUGUUUGAUAUCGCUGCAACAACCGUGUUCCUUCAAACGAAGGCGUCUCUUGGCAAAUGUCGUUAUGAACAUAAUUGCCUACAUUUUUUUUUGAAGCAGAACAGAGAUCUGAGAUGUUGUACAUAUGAGUAGUUUAUUUAACAUAGGGGAAAGUGCUUAUUUAAUCAAUUUUCACUGAUGUGUAGUGCAUUACAUGUACUC